CAACAUGACUAUCCAUCGACUCAAGUGCCACUGUCUCCUGGGCAACUUUUCCACUUCUCCGGAUUAUCUGCAUCCCACCGUGAACUCGCUUCCCCCCACCAAGAUGGCGCCAUCAGCUGACGUCAGCAACGUGAAAUUAGGCGCCAGCGUGUCCUACAACUGCAACGAUACCCCGAGUCGCAGCGGUGCGCAGGGGAAAACGCGUUCGGUUGUUGCCAGCCAGAAGAGUGGCGUCUACUGCUCGUACUCCGACACGUCGAAUAAUGUACAGGGCUCGAAUAGAAACACCAUGGGGAGCCCUGGCA